AUAAAUAUAUUCAACGUGAAUUUCAAUGUCUUAACACUGUUUCUUUUUUACAUAAAUUUUUUCAACGUGAAAUGAAGCUUAUAUCCAUGUCUAUGAUCGAUGCACAUACAGGAGGGGUCCAGAUCAAGAGGGCGGCUAUAUAAAAUUGAUAAUGAGUGGAAAAGGAGAACUUAAGAGCAAAAAGGGUGCAAAAGGAGUUGCACCAGCAAUUGGUAUUGACCUUGGAACAACCUAUUCUUGUGUGGGAUUUUGGCAACAUGGUCAAGUUGAGAUCAUACCCAAUGAUCUAGGUAACCGGACUACCCCAUCAUGUGUUGCUUUCACAGAUGUUGAACGUCUAAUAGGUGAAGGUGCAAAGAACCAAGUUGCUAUGAACCCAACAUGCACCAUCUUUGAUGCUAAACGCUUAAUUGGAAAGAGAUUUAGUGAUGCAACAGUGCAAAAAGACAUGAACUUAUGGCCUUUCAAGGUCAUAAAUGGAACUAAUGACAUUCCAAAGAUUGUAGUUACUUACAAGGGGGAGCAGAAGCAAUUUUCAGCCGAAGAAAUUUCAUCCAUGGUACUUGCGAAAAUGAAAGAUGUUGCUGAGGCAUUCCUUGGUAAAAUUGUAGAAGAUGCCGUCAUCACCGUGCCUGCUUAUUUUAAUGAUUCACAACGGCAAGCAACAAAGGAUGCCGGAUAUGUUGCUGGACUUAAUGUUUUACAAAUAAUUAAUGAGCCCACUGCAGCUGCAAUCGCCUAUGGAUUAGACAUGACAAAUGAAAUAACGAGGGCAACGAAUGUGCUUAUCUUUGAUUUGGGUGGUGGUACUUUUGACGUCUCUAUUGUCACCAUUGAUGAGGAUGGGAAGAUAGAAGUGAAGGCUGUAGCCGGGGACACUCAUUUGGGUGGUCAAGACUUUGAUAAUGAAAUGGUGGAUUAUUUCGUUAAUGAAUUUAAUCGAAAGCAUAAGAGUGACAUGAAAGUGAAUAUAAAAGCGGUAGGGAGGUUGAGGGUAGCAUGUGAAAGAGCAAAACGGGCACUUUCUUCAACUAUUGAAACUACCAUCGAAAUUGAUGGCUUGCACACGGGUAUUGAUUUUUCUGCAAGAAUUACUCGUGCAAAGUUUGAAAAUCUUAAUGUAGAUUUGUUUAAUAAGUGCAUAGAAACAGUAGAGAGCUGUUUGAGGGAUGCAAAGAUGAAUAAAGAAAAUGUGGAUGAAGUUGUUCUUGUUGGUGGCUCCACUCGAAUACCCAAGGUUCAAGAACUAUUGCAAGAUUUCUUCAACGGCAAGGAACUUUGUAAACGAAUCCAUGCUGAUGAGGCAGUUGCAUAUGGUGCAUCAAUUCUUGCUGCAAAGUUGCGUGGUGAGACGACUCAAAAGAUUAAGAAUUUGGUCUUUUUGGAUGUCACUCCUUUGUCACUUGGUGUGGAGCUAUUUGAUGAGACUAUGUCUGUUCUUAUUCCAAGAAACUCGACUAUACCAAUAAAAAAAUCAGGCAAUUAUCAUACAGUAGAAGACGACCAAUGUGCUAUAAAUUUCCCAGUAUAUCAGGGUGAGAGAAUUAGGGCCAAAGACAACAACUGGUUAGGGAAAUUUGAGGUUGCUGUCCCACUUGCACCAAGGGGUAAGUCAUCAGUAAACGUGGUCUUCGAGAUUGAUGCUAAUGGUAUUUUGAGUUGCUCUGGUGAGGAAGUUACUACUGGCCUAAAACGGAAGAUGGUGGUUACUAAUGACAAGGGAAGGCUUUCGAAUGAAGAAAUUGAUAAAAUGCUGAAAGAUGCAGAAAAGUACAAACUUGAGGACCAAGAGUAUAAGAAGAAGGUGUGCGCUCGCAAUGCGUUGGAGGAAUAUAUUUAUGAUGUGGAAACAAAACUUAAGACCAUGGACAAAAGUUCUAAGAAAAAGAUCAAUAAAAAAGACCUUCAGAAAAUAGACAAUGCCAUACAGAAUGCAAGUCAAUUUCUCAAUAUCCGUGAGCUUGCAAGUGUAAGUGAGUAUGAUAUGAUGCUAAAUCAAUUGGAAUUACUAUGUGUUUCUAUCCUUUCACAAAAUGUUUGAGUGAAGACUUGUUUGUGGUGUAAGAUUUCCAUAUGAAUUUUCUUGUGACA